AUGAUGCUCAAGGCCGCUUCAUCUUUCUCGCUCGUGAACAUCCAUGGAGGGAAGAAGGACAUCUCUCCUCUCUUCUCUUCCGUUUCCUCCCCGACUGAUUUCUCCUUGAGUCUUCCGGUUUCUUCGGGAAAAUCCGGAAACCUCUCCUUCUCUCUCCGUGCCUCUAAGGCCACCACCACCCAGACGGUAAGCGGCGUCGUUUUCGAGCCGUUUGAGGAGGUGAAGAAGGAGCUCGAUCUCGUCCCUACGGGUCCACAGGCUUCACUUGCUCGACAUAUGUUCUCCCCAGAGUGCGAAGCCGCCAUUAACGAGCAGAUCAACGUGGAAUACAACGUGUCUUAUGUGUAUCAUGCUCUGUACGCUUAUUUCGAUCGGGAUAACGUUGCCCUCAAGGGUCUUGCCAAGUUUUUCAAGGACUCGAGUGUGGAAGAACGAGAACACGCUGAGUUGUUGAUGGAGUAUCAGAACAAACGUGGUGGGAGGGUUAAGUUACAGCCCAUGGUGAUGCCUCCGUCUGAGUUUGAUCACCUUGAGAAAGGAGAUGCUCUCUAUGCCAUGGAGCUGGCUCUAUCUUUGGAGAAGCUAGUCAACGAGAAGCUUCUAAACUUGCACAGUGUGGCUUCGAAGAACGAUGAUGUCCAGUUGGCAGAUUUUGUUGAGAGCGUGUUUCUAAGCGAACAGGUGGAAGCAAUCAAGAAAAUCUCAGAAUACGUUUCUCAGCUUAGAAGACUCGGCAAAGGACAUGGAACAUGGCAUUUCGAUCAGGAGCUUCUGGAAGCUGCUGCGUGA